GUGGGAGCGGAGCGCACAAGUAGCCUAACAAAUUGAGUUUCCCAUUUCUUAUUCUUCACAACGGGUUUUCGAGGAAUUAUGUUAUUUUAUUAAGCGAUGAUUAUAAAUAUGGUGCAAACUCAUUUCUAAAAAGAUUGUAAUUAAUUUCGAAUACGACGAGGCAUACAUUUAAAAAGGAAGAGUAGCUGCUGCUUCUGCAAAAGCUAUUGGGGAUCCAAAUAAACAAAUACUCCCUCUUUGAUAGGGAACUACAGGAUGGAGCAGCAGUAUGACGCCCAUGUGAUCACUUCCUGGCUCAGUCUGAGCCCCAUCUGAGUUUCACAGGGCUGAAUCUUCAAACAGUGGCGGGGAAGGACUUGAGAGGAGACGGCCAGACAGGACAGCAGAUACCAUAACAGAAAGGAGACUGUCAUGCCUUAUAUGUUAAGUGAGGAGAAUGCCUUAGCCUUUGGACUGCUUAUCUGACCACCAACUGUGUGGGACUUCUAAGAGGCUUUAAGGUGAAGUGGUCUCUGUGUGGAGAGCUCAGCCAUAGUCCCAGGCAGUGAGAUACACCCUAUAGAGUAAGCGAACUGCUGCCAGGCUGCAGCUAUGGACCUUGAGGAGAGUGGUCCUCCCUCCUCCACAGUGACCUCGCUGCUCUUUUCACCAUGCUGAACAAUGCUGCGUCUGUCAUCUACAUUGUGCUGGAGCUGCUGAUAGCUGUACUGUCUGUGUUGGGCAAUGUGCUGGUCUGCUGGGCCGUCUGUCUCAACAGCAACCUGCAGAGCAUCACCAACUUCUUUGUGGUGUCCCUGGCGGUGGCAGACAUUGCUGUGGGAGUGCUGGGUAUCCCCUUUGCCAUCGUCAUCAGCACAGGCUUCUGCUCCAACUUCUAUGGUUGCCUCUUCAUUGCUUGCUUUGUGCUGGUGCUCACCCAGAGCUCCAUCUUCAGCCUGCUGGCCAUUGCCAUAGACCGCUACAUCGCUAUCAAGAUGCCCCUCAGGUACAAUAGCCUGGUGACAGGCCAGCGUGCCAAGGGGAUAAUUGCUGUCUGCUGGGUGCUGUCCAUCAUCAUCGGCCUGACCCCGAUGCUGGGCUGGAAUAAGUCCACUGAGCGCCCCAACAGCACCUGUCCCCCAGGCCUGAUGGAGUGCCUGUUUGAGGAUGUGGUGGUCAUGGACUAUAUGGUCUACUUUAACUUCUUCGCCUGUGUGCUGAUGCCUCUGCUGCUCAUGCUGGUCAUCUACCUGCGGAUCUUCAUGGCAGCUCGGCAUCAGCUGAAGCUCAUAGAACUGAAGGCUAUCCACGGGGGGAAGUCCCACUCCACCCUGCAGAAGGAGGUCCAGGCGGCUAAGUCGCUGGCCAUCAUCGUGGGCCUGUUUGCCAUCUGUUGGCUGCCGCUGCACAUCAUCAACUGCUUCACCCUGUUCUGCCCUCAGUGUGCCCGCCCGCCCCUCUGGAUCAUAUACGUUGCCAUCAUCCUCUCUCACGGCAACUCAGUGGUCAACCCCUUCAUCUACGCAAACCGCAUCCAGGAGUUCCGCCACACCUUCAAGAGGGUCAUCCGCCGCCAUAUCCUGUUCCGCCGGGAUCUGUUUGACAGUGGUGGCAGCAGCCACACCUCCACCCACAACAGUAUCAGCGGCUCAGUAAGGGUUAAGGCCAAUGGCCUCCGCCUCGACCUCUUUACCGAGUACAGCAGCAGCAGCUGUGAGAGCUCCCACCCCUGUCAUAGCCAUAUCAAACCUGCAGGCGGCGUUCUGAAGCCAGCGCCCAUUCACAACCACCCUCUUACCGUGAUUAGCUCCCACAAUCACAGGGAAAGCCCCCCUGUGCCACAGCCUCUCAGACAGACACAUACACACCCGUUAUGUCAUCCCCUGCAGUAUGGGGACCAGCGGCAGCAGUCUCACAAAGGUCCGGAGGUGGAAGAGGUAAAGGACAGGCAGGAUCUCUCCCCUGUCCAGGUCAAAACACUGUUCUAUAAACAUAAAACCCAUUUCACUGAGCUCACUGAGGUGUCCUAAUGGACACAGAAUGGGCAUUAGACAGCUACAAAUGAUCCUUAUCACCUGGCCUUUGGUGUGAAAUUACUGCUGAUGUGUACAUUUUUUGGGAAUCAGCUCAGAGUAGAUUACUGUGCAGUCAGGCUCACAAUCUGAGGAUCAGAGUUUGGUUGUAUCCAGAUGGUCUAAUUCCACAUACUUGGAGGCAUUCUAUCGCCAGGGAUUGUAACCGUUGGUCCUGAAUGAGUACGAAACGAGGACCUACACAAAGGCAGGCAUGCAAACCCUACUGUACAUUCACCAUGUGGAAGAUAACAACUUAUUUUGGGGGCAUGAAUAAUUCUAUUUAAAUUUGCAAACAAAAAUCAUUUGAGUUAUUUAUGGAAGAAACGUUAAUGUGACUCGAAUGGUUAAAUGUGAUUCUGUUUACGAUGUUUAUUCUCUUGCUCUGUGACGUGUCUGGUGCUUAAAUCGGAAUCCUCACAAUUGAUUUUUGUUCUAUGAUAACUGGUGAGGUUUUAAUAAAUCACCUUUAUGAUGAAUCUUGUGCGUUUGGGGAUGGCAGGGAUGUUCCAGGUUCGUGAUGAGGGGACGGUACUGCUGCAUUGAUUUAGAAUGUUUGUGUACCAUACAGAUGGACAUGAUAAGAGCAAUCUCUUAGAUGUUCAGGUUUAUGAUCUUGCAAAUGUAUGAAUGCUCAAAAAAUGAUCUGCGUGUUUUUAAAUGAUAAUGGUUUUAAACUAUUUUGAGGAAUAUCUAAACUACUGGGCACUUUCUCAACUUGUCUAACUGUCAGUAACACAAACCAAAACUGUUGAGCUGAUUGUUGAGAUUACACAGACAAUUAAAUGGCCAAAAUAAUUAAUCAAUGACACAUACAGCUUACAUUUUUCACUGAAUAUACUCUCAAGAGUUACAUGGCUAUGGCAUUCUCUGCAUUUCACAUUUUCAGAUGCAAUACAGGACGCAAUACCUCCUGUUUGGAAAUAAAUAU